AUGACUUUAUGAUUGUUCCUGGAAGAUGUAGUUGACUUGCAGAUAACUCUAAGCCGGGUCAUCCACACCCAAAACCAAGUCUUGGUUGUUUGGUCUAGACAAGGAUAUUUUUUUAAUUCUUUAAAUUUUCUCAUCCAUCCCACCAUCUUAAAGCUUGCUUUUGAAGGAAGAUCCAAAGCAGAGCAUCUGAAACAGAACCAAAACAAGAAUUCAGAAAAAUGUAUGUUCAAAGGCUUGGAGAGAUGUUGAAGAUUAGUGAGGAGAAUUUGAAGACAAGUUGCUCUCUGUCCUUGAAGGCUCAGAACUUCCCAGAUGAGCAGUUUCUUGUUGAGAAAUCCCCUGCCUCAUCACAUGCUUUUUUCAGCUUUCCAGGAUCUUGGUCUGUGGAUGGUUGGUAUUCUGGAGAUAAAGCUUUUGGUGAAAAAGAGAUCAAUCUCGAACUCUUUCCUUCUAUGAGAAGUAUAGGCAAUUAUGAUAAAGAUGACAAACCUGAAGACCGAGAAUUUGCAACUGGAUUUGUAAACCAAGCCUUUCUGCACAGACUUGAACAUGUAUUGAAGACUUCCCAGCUUGUAAAUCAGGUGGAAGCGGCUCUGAAGGAACAGAAGAGUAUAAUAUUUACAGGACACUCUACAGGUGGAGCAAUUGCUGCGCUUGCCACAAUCUGGUUCUUGCAAAACUACCCGAAUGCGAAUAAUGGAGCAUUCUGUGUGACUUUCGGAUCUCCCCUUGUUGGUAAUCAUAUUAUUUCUCAUGCUCUUAGGAGAGAGAAGUGGUCUCAAUGCUUCAUACAUUUUGUCAUGAGAUAUGACAUUGUCCCUCGGAUUUUGCUUGCUCCUCUCACCCCCAUUCAACAACAGUUUGAGAAAGUUCUCCCCUUCUUCAAUCCAACAUCCCCCAACUUUAAAAGUGAGGUUCUUGGAGCAUCACCGGAGGCCUUGCAUUUCUAUGCAAAUGUGAUCAGGAAUGCUUCAUCUCUUACAAGCCAUGUUGCUUUUCAACUAAUGGGGAACACAAAUCUUUUAUUGGACACUGUAAGACACUUCACUAAAUUAAGCCCUUACAAGCCUUUUGGGACUUACGUUUUUUGCACUGGGAAUGGGAAAUUGGUUGUCUUGAAAAACCCUGAAGCAGUCUUGCAAACCUUGUCCUACUCUUGUCUGUUAAGCAGCGAAACUGAACAUGCAGCAGCGAUUGCCCACAAAUGCUUGAACGAGCAUUUUGGCUAUGAGAAGGAAUUUCUAGGUGAUGAAUCCAGCUUAGACAUGCAAAAUGUGGUUGAUUUUGAUAAACUAGAACUUCUCUUAGGCUCAGAUGGUUACUUGGAUGACCUUGGCUUGGGUGUAAGAGCUAGAUUGUCUCUUUGCGCUGCGAAAAAAUUCGAAGAGAAAAAACAAGAAAACGAGAAAAACGUAGCUUCAAAAGUGGAAGCAUUUAAAGAUGUGAUGAAGAAACUAGAAGACUACCGAGACUUUUGUAAGGAGAAUGGGGGAUAUUACCAGGCCUUCAAGACACAGGGUGAGAAGAAAGACUUUGAUGCUAAUGUGAAUAGGCUUGUGCUAGCAGGUAUAUGGGAUGAGAUUAUUGAAAUGCUGAAAAGAUAUGCGCUUCCUGAUGAAUUUGAGGGUACAUAUAAGUGGAUAGAACUAGGAACCAAGUUCCGCGACCUUGUUGAGCCUCUUGACAUUGCUAACUACUAUCGGCAUGCAAAGGGCAGGCGUUACAUGGACAAAGGCGGCAGGCCAAAGCGUUACAAAUACACACAAAGAUGGCUGGAGCAUCACCUAAAAUUGCAGCCAGGAGACUGUGGAAAAUCCUCCUGCUUUUGGGCAGAGGAGGAUGAGUCACUAAAGCAAUAGGGCAAGAGAGAUAAGUAAGAAAAUGGAUUACUGUGUGUGUGUGUACGGAAAUGUGGUAGUAUCUUUGAUUCUCGUGUGUGUCAAAUGUUGUGAAUUCUUGUUCAUCUGCCAGAGCAAGGGCUACUAUGGUCUUCGUCUCUCUGUGGUUCGUGUGUUUUUGUGUUGCUUUCCCUUGUAAUAAAUACACUUCGCAUGAGCCCUUUUAUUUUC